GCAGGCUCGGCCCGCCGCGCGCCGCGCUCCGGGCCCAGGGCGCAGCACACGCAGCUGCCCGCCCGCCCCUGCAGCCGCCAUGGGCAAGGACAAGCGGCCCCGCGGCCAGCAGAGGCAGGGGGGGGCGCCGGCCGCGGACGCCGCCGGGCCCGACGACAUGGGGCCGAAGAAGAAGGGCACGGGGGCCCCCAAGGAGCGCGGGGAGGAGGAGGCCCAGACGUGCUGCGGCUGCCGGUUCCCGCUGCUGCUCGCCCUGCUGCAGCUGGCCCUGGGCAUCGCCGUGACCGUGGUCGGCUUCCUCAUGGCGAGCAUCAGCUCCUCCCUGCUAGUCAGAGACACUCCAUUUUGGGCUGGGAUCAUUGUCUGCUUAGUGGCCUAUCUUGGCUUGUUUAUGCUUUGUGUCUCAUAUCAAGUGGACGAGCGGACAUGUAUCCAGUUUUCUAUGAAACUGCUGUACUUCCUGCUGAGUGCCCUCGGCCUGAUGGUCUGCGUGCUGGCUGUGGCCUUUGCUGCCCACCACUAUGUGCAGCUCACACAGUUUACCUGUGAGACCACACUUGACUCCUGCCAGUGCAAACUGGCCUCUUCCUCAGAGCCACUCAGCAGGACCUUUGUGUACCAGGAUGUGCCUGACUGUUCCAGCAUCACUGGCACUUUCAAACUCUUCUUACUCAUCCAGAUGAUUCUGAACUUGCUCUGUGGCCUCGUGUGCUUGUUGGCCUGCUUUGUGAUGUGGAAACAUAGGUACCAGGUCUUUUAUGUGGGUGUCAGGAUGUGCUCCCUAACAACUUCCGAAAGCCAGCAGCAAAAGGUCUAAAAACAUUCUUGCUCCGAGUGGGGAGAGAAAACAGCACCCUCACUAGCCGAGGUUAAAAAAAAAAAAAAAUUUU